CCCUGGGCUGCUACGUUGGGUAUAAAAGGAGACUGCACCAUCCGUUUAGUAGCCAUCUCUCUAGUGUGACGAGACUAUCUGUGAAUAGCAACUUUCCUUCGACUACAUAUCUCGUCCCGUGGAGUUCUAUCAAACACAUUUCAGGAUGAAAUUGACCAUGUUGGCGACGGUUUUGGCGGCGGUUCUCGUGCUGGGAGUGGGCCGGGCCACUGCAGCUCCCGCCGAUUCGUCAUCAACAGCCACGGCUCGUCGUUUGUUGCACUCGCCGAAUCCCACCUCGUACAGCAAAUCAAUUGAUUCAUGGCUACGUUGGCUUCUAUUACGCUCUCGGAUCGGCGACAAGGAGAAAACCAAGAACGGUGUGCCCAGCAAUUCGUUCCAGUUGGCCAGAUCUCCAGUGGAACUGGGCAGCAUCAAUCCUAAACUCCAGGCCAAACUACCAGCCGUCGUGCAGAGCAACAACGACGACGACGAGACGACAGGAUUCGGUGACGAGGAUUUCGCAGAUGAAGAUGUCCCGCUCGUGUUGCCAGAAGGCCGUCAAGCAGCCAGCAAGCGACAGCCCGACGACUACGGCCACAUGCGCUACGGCAAGCGUGAUUUUGACGAUUAUGGGCACAUGCGAUUCGGACGCCGCUGAAGGGGGACAUCAUAUAACAAUAUCAAGAUAAACGAAAAGGGAAAGGAACUAACUCACGUCGUCAUAUAAACAAUUCACUGCGCUCGCUUUCAUGUUCAAUUGUUUUCUUUCCUCUAUUGGCUUUAGCGCUAUAAUACCGAACAACCCCGUUUUUACUAUAAACUCCGAAUUAUUGUUGUCUUUUAUGAUCUGCUGUUUACCUCCCACCCGCCUAAUCAUAAUCUUUUUUUCUUCUUCUCCUCCUCUUUCAUACGCAAUUCUUUAUUCGUUGCCGCGGUUCAUUCAGCCGCAUACAUUAUUAUUACGUAUUCACCGAUGUGUUUGAAUUAUAUGACUCGAGCCUCUGCAAACAAAAAACUUUAGCACACAAACGACCAUAAAACGCUUUC